AUGAAGAGUGACCGGUCUAGAGAUGAUCCUCCAGCCUUCAGUAAUGAACCUGGACCCUCAGACUCAAAGAAGAGGAGGGCUGGUUCUGUGGAGGAGCAGCUGUCCUGCUGUUCUUUGUGUCAGGACGGCCUGAAGGAUCCAGUCUCUACCAGCUGUGGACACUGGUUCUGCAGACAGUGCAUCACCUCAUACUGGGACCAGUCUGCUUCAUCAGGAGACUCCUCCUGUCCCCAGUGUGGAAAAAGAUCCAGAACCAGACCUGGACUGCAGACAGACAAUCAGACCAGCACUGUAAAAAAAAGUGGUCUGCAGGAGGUUUUAGAUGAACAUCAGAUCAGUCUGAGCAGCACAUGUGAAUGUGUGACUCAAGGAACUGAUGAAGCAGGAAGUGAAAUCCUCCUCAUCAGCAUCUUCACUGAGGUCUACAUCAGAGAGGGACAGAGUGAAGAGCUUAAUACCCAACAUGAGGUGAGGCAGCUUGAAACAGCUUCCAACAAGAAGACCCUCCAUGACGCUCCAAUCAAGUGUCAGGACAUCUUUAAAGUCUUACCUGACCAACAGAAACACAUCAAAGUGGUUCUGAUGAACGGCGUCGCUGGUGUUGGAAAAACCUUCUCAGUGCUGAAGUUCACUCUGGACUGGGCACAGCGCUCCAACAACCAAGAUAUCAGUCUACUGAUUCUGUUCUCGUUCAGGUCGCUGAACCUGAUCAAAGAUGAGCAGUACAGUCUGCUCAUGCUGAUCCAUGUUUUCUAUCCAACAUUACAGAAGCUCACAGCAGAGAAGCUCGCUGUCUGUAAAGUUCUGUUCAUCUUUGACGGCCUGGAUGAAAGCAGACUUUCACUGGAUUUCAACAACAGUGAGGUCGUGUCUGAUGUCACACAGAAGUCAUCAGUCAGCGUGCUGUUGACAAACCUCAUCAAGGGGAAGCUGCUUCCCUCGGCUCUCGUCUGGAUAACUUCCCGACCUGCAGCAGCCAAUCAGAUCCCUCCUUCAUGUGUUAGCAGGAUAACAGAAGUACGAGGCUUCACUGACGCCCAGAAGGAGGAGUACUUCAGGAGGAGGUCUUCUGCUGGAUCACUGCUACAGUUCUGGAACAUGUUGACUACAGACCAGAGAGGAGAGCUGCCCAAGACCCUGACUGACAUGUACUCACACUUCCUGCUGGUUCAGACAAAGAGGAAGAAGAACAAGUAUGAUGAGGGACAUGAGACGAGUCCACAGGAGCUGACAGAGGCUGACAGGAAACUUCUUCUGAAGCUGGGGAGGCUGGCGUUUGAACAACAGGAGAAAGGAAACAUCAUGUUCUACCAAGAAGACCUGGAGCAGUGUGGUCUUGAUGUCACAGAGGCCUCUGUGUUAUCAGGAGUUUGUACACAGAUCUUCAAAAGAGAGAGUGUGAUCUUCCAGAAAACAGUCUACAGCUUUGUUCAUCUGAGUGUUCAGGAGUUUCUGGCUGCAGUCUACAUCUACCACUGUUACACCAAUAGGAAGACAAAUGUACUGGAGGACUUCUUGGGGAAAAAACACAUUGAUUCAUCUCUGGAAGUUUUCCUGAGGACAGCCACAGAGGAAUCCUUGAAAAGUAAAAAUGGCCACCUGGACCUGUUUGUCCGCUUCCUUCAUGGCCUCUCUCUGGAGUCCAACCAGAGUCUCUUAGGAGGCCUGCUGGGUCAGACAGACAACAGUCCAGAAACCAUCCAGAAAGUAAUCAACAACCUGAAGGAGAUGAACACUUGGUCUGUCUCUCCUGACAGAAGCAUCAACAUCUUCCACUGUCUGAUGGAGAUGAACGACCGCUCAGUACAUCAGGAGAUCCAAGAGUUCCUGAAGUCAGAGAACAGAUCAGAGAAGAAACUCUCUCUGAUCCACUGCUCAGCUCUGGCCUACAUGCUGCAGAUGUCAGAGGAGGUUCUGGAUGAGUUGGACCUGGAGAAGUACAACACAUCGAAGCAGGGACGACGGAGACUGAUCCCAGCUGUGAGGAACUGCAGAAAGGCUGUGUAA